CCAUAAAAAUAAAUGGAAAAAUAUCCUCAGGUAAGGAUUAACAACAACAAAAAUAAUGAUGACAAGGGAUGACUAUAAUGCAUGUUAGUACAAUCCCAAUGAAGAUUUAAGCUGGUCAGAAAUUGCUGAAAGUAGGGAGAUGGGUAUAAUUGUUUUUUUUUAUCUUGCCUCCAGUGGGGCCUUGUUUCCACCUUUCUUCUUUUAACUGAACCUGCCAAUUUACUUACAGGGAAGAUGCUCAGUGAAGUGCAUCCCUGCCCUGAUUGGAUCAGAGAACAAGAAAAGAAAUAUCCUGAUCUCUCUACCCUGUUAUGCAGGCAGAUGUUACUUUCAGACUCUCGAGAUGACAGCUAUUGACCUAUCUCCUAUGUGGGCUCUGACUGCACAGGAAUCUGCCUGUUUCCAUGUGAGAAAUACUGAGGAGGAAAGAAUGGUGGAUGGAUUUCCAGCCACCUACUUACAAGGACCAGUGACAUUUAAAGAUGUGGCCGUGGAGUUUACACAGGAGGAAUGGAUAAUGCUGAACUCUGCUCGGAGACAUAUGUACAGAAAUAUGAUGUUGGAAAACUACAUAAAUCUCACCUCAGUGGCAUAUCAAUUAUGCAGGCCUUCUGUGAUCUCCUAGCUGGGUCAAGAAGAGAUAAGAACUAUGAAAAGAAGAAUUCCCAAAGCCAAUUACCUAGAUUGGGAUAUUCUAACUAAAAACAAUGAACCAACUCCUAAGCAGAAUAUUUUUGGGGAAAAGACACCCAAUGGUAAGAUGGUAAGAUUCACAGUGGGUGGUUGGUCUUCCACAUUAAGAGAAGACUAAUGCCAUAAGAACAGAAAACACAAUAUCCCACAGGGUAAUUUAGAGCAAAUGAUAUUUACCCCCAAGAAGACAGCCUAUCGAUUCUAUGACUAUCAUGAAUUAUAGGAAAACUCUAAAUUUAGAUCAAAACUUUUUUCAAAGAGAGUUUUCACCAGCAAACAAUGCCAUAAUUGUUACUUCUAUAUUGAGUGUUUAAAGCAUAACUCCACCCUAAAUAAUUAUGGGGGAAAUUUUGUGAGUGAGAAGCUCUGUGAAAGUUAUGAAUAUGCUAGAGCACUAUGAUAUCUUCCAAGAAUUCAAACAGCACAAGAAUAGUAUACAUGCUCCAAACAUGGAAUACACUUCAAACCUAAGAUGCUUCCUAUACAUAACAUUCAAACGGCAGAAAAUUCCUAUGAAUGUAAUAAAAAUAAAACUUGUCAUCAUUCAUUCCUUAAGCAACAGGAGCAGUCUCCUAUUGGAGAGAAACAUUAUGAAUGUAAUCAGUAUGGAAAAGCCUUCAAAAAGAUUUCUAAUUUUAUUUUGCACAAAAGAAGUCACAUGGGCAAGAAGCAAUAUGAAUGUAAAGAAUGUGGGAAAGUCUUCAAUGAUUCCUCAAUCCUAAGGAGACAUGUAAGAACUCACACUGGUGAGAAACCCUACGAAUGUCAUCAAUGUGGGAAAGCUUUUAGUCAAAAAACAUCUCUUAAGGCUCAUUUGUGAACUCACACCAGAGAGAAACCCUCUGAGUGUAGUCAUUGUGGGAAGUCUUUUGGAACAAGUUCUUACCUUGUGAUGCACAAGAGAAUACACACUGGGGAGAAACUCUAUGAAUGCAGCGACUGUGGAAAAGCCUUCAACACGAAGUCACAGCUUAAAAGACAUCAAAUAACCCAUACAAUAGAGAAACCCUAUGGCUGUAGUGACUGCGGGAAGGCUUUCUCCCAGAAAUUAAAGCUCAUUACACAUCAGAGAACGCAUACAGGAGAGAAACCCUAUAAAUGUAGCGACUGUGGCAAAGCCUUCUUUUGGAAGUCACAGCUCAUUACUCAUCAAAGGACUCAUACCGGGAAGAAACCGUAUGCAUGUAGUGAGUGUAAAAAAGCCUUCAGCAGGGACUCACUCCUUAUCAGGCAUCAGAGGAUUCACACAGGAGAGAAGCCCUAUGAAUGCAGUGAAUGUGGUGAAGCCUUCGUCAGAAAACCACAGCUUAUCAGACAUCAGAUCACUCACACGGGAGAGAAGAGCUGUCGGUGUGGCGACUGUGGGGAAGCCUUCUUUAAGAAGUCAGAGUUACUAAGACACCAAAAACUUCAUUUAGGAGAGAGACCCUAUGGAUGUGUUGAAUGUGGUAAGACCUUCUUCGGGAAGUCACAGCUGCUUACACAUCAGAGAACUCACACUGGAGAGAAACCUUUUGAAUGCAGUGAAUGUGGGAAAGCCUUCACCCAAAAGUCAAGCCUGAUGUCCCAUCAGAGAACUCAUACAGGCGAGAAACCCUAUGAAUGCAGUGAGUGUGGGAAAACCUUCAGUGAGAAGUCAAGUCUCAUUCAUCAUCAGAGAACCCAUACUGGGGAAAAGCCCUUUGAAUGUAGUGAAUGUAGGAAAGCUUUUGCCUGGAAGCCACAGCUUCUUCGGCAUCAAAGAAUCCAUACAGGGGAGAAACCCUAUGCAUGCAACGAAUGUGGGAAAGCCUUUGUUCAGAAAGUACAACUCAUUAAACAUCAGAGAAAUCAUACAGGAGAGAAAUCUUAUGGAUGCAGUGAUUGUGCAAAAGCUUUCUUUGAGAAGGCACAGCUAAUUAUACAUCAGAGAAUUCAUACAGGAGAGAGGCCCUAUAAAUGUGGAGAAUGUGGAAAGUCUUUCACUAGAAAGUCACACCUUAUGAGGCAUCAGAGAAUUCACACAGGUGAUAAAUACUAUGGGUGCAACGAAUGCGGGACCACCUUCAAGAGGAAGUCACAGCUCAUGAUCCAUCAGAAGAAUCAUGUAAUAUAGAAACCACAUGAGAGCAGGGAGUGUGGAAAGGCUGCUAGCAGGUGUCAUGCCUCUUAUUGCUUCCGAGGAAACACACACAGGACAGAAACCCUGUCAUUGCACUGACUGUUGGGAAAAAAAUUCUAUUGGAAAGGCAGUGUCACUAAAAAGAAUUCAGAGAUUUUUUAAAAAGUAGACAAUAUAAGAAAGCCUUCUCCCAGAAGACACAACUUAUUACACAUUGAUAGCUCAUCUAUCAAUAACAGAAACUUUUGGUCAAAAGUGAAAGCUUGUUAAAUAUUUAGAAGACCUAAAUAGGUCAUAACAAGUGAGAGGAAGAUUUCAUUCAGGGUAACAUACUUACUAGAGAAUGUGUACAUACGGGAAAUACUGAGUAUUAGAGAUUUCAUAGGCAGAAGUAGUUCUAGUAGUUGGAAGAACUUUAUAAACAUCAUACUAUUGAAAUAAUUCAGUAACGAAGUAGUUUGUUGUAUACAAAUUAUAAGAGGUGGUCAUUUUUAAAUGGUAGCUAUGUUUUAAGUGUGAAGACAUCUGCUUUCUGCAGUGGUGGCAGAUCAAGGACCAAAUUAACCCUCUGGCCUUAACAGCUAGAAACUGGUGUUAGACAUGUGACAAGCAGAGGUUUGUCAUCGCUGGCAGAGGUGGACAAAGUGGUGGCAGUUCCCAGGCUGCAGUUCAGGGAAGGGAACAAGCGUAGUCCUGCCACGUUGAAUAGAGUUGGAGGAUUGGCGUUUGGGGAGGCCAUGGCAAUAGCAUUUGCAAGGAAAGCACUGGAGGGGAAGGAGCCUCCCAGGGAGAGGACUGCAGAAAUGGACAGGUCGUCCUGUGAGCUGAUAAAGUGGCUGGAAAGCAGGAGGCUGAGCCCUUCCUAGAACUCACUGCAGGGCUGACAGCAGUUCCCACCGGCCACAGUGGAAACAGCUUUUAACACAUGGGCUUCAGGUAGAAUUCCCGGACGGCUGUUGCUUAGUAGUGUGGUAAUUAACCCCAGAUUAAAAGCUACUUUGGACCCACCAAUGUCUGGCAUGCAAAAAGGCAGGAAACUGUGACUUGUAACCAGUAGAAAAAUAUUCAGUAGAGACAUAGAAAAGACUGUGGUUAGAAGUUGUUAGAAUUAGUAGACAUGGAUGUUGAUAUAGCUAUUAUAAAGCAGAGGAAAACAUGAAUUUGAUGAAACUUGAAGUGGAAGAUAUAUUUUUAAAAGCUGGAUGGGGCUUCACAGGGUGAGAAUUUCUUAAAAUUAAAAAAAAAAUGUGGGUGGAAUUAAGAACAGAUUAGACAUAGAAGAAGAAAAUAAUGAACCUGAAUAGUAAGAAUAAAAACUAUCCAAAUGAGGUACACAGAGAAAAAAGAGGCAAGGGAAUGGGGGCUCCACUACAGUGGUAUGAAAUACAUAUAAUUGGAGUUUCAGGAGGGAAGAGAGAAGAGGCAAAAGAAAGUAUUUGAAUAAGUCGUGGCUGAAAAAUUUCCACAUAUGCUGAAAAGUGUAACUCCACAUAUUCAAGAAGCUCAAAGAACACAAAACAGAAGAAACACAAUCAUGCCAAUGGACAUCAUGUCAACUUGAUGAAAACCAGUGAGAACCUCAGUAAAGCAACUGAAGAAAAAAAGACAGAGAAUGACAGCACACUUCUGACUAAAGACUGGGGAACCAAAGAGGAUAAAAAACCUGCAACCUAGAAUUUACCCAUCAAAAGCAUCUUUCAAAAAUGAAAGGAAAAAGAUUUUUCAGGAAAACAAAAGGAGGAUUCGUCACUGUACACCUGCCUUCAGGAAACAUUAAAGUUGUUUGGGGGCAGCAGGAAAAUAACAUUAAGUGGAAGUUUGGAUCUCCAGAAUGAAAGGAAGAGUUCUAGAAAUGGCGAAUAUAUAGGUAAAUAUAAAAGCUAUUUUCCUCAUUUUAAAACAGUAAUAGUCCUGCUUACAGCAAAGCAAUGACAAUGUGUUUUGCAUUAUGAUCUACUUAGAAGUAAAGUGUAUGACCACAAUAGUGCGUAAGUAUGAACCUUUAAAAAUAGUUGAAUAAACUGUAUCAUCGGAGUCAGAAACCCGUUUCCUCGGGGCACAGGAUGGCUUGUGUUUGUAGCAGCUGCACAGAAUAUGCAUGGUGACGUUCCAGUGAUGGUUUCUCUGUAGCAGUGCUGUGUGAUCUAUGUAUGAUAAUAAAGUGGUUUCCACCAUCAGGA